AUGUCGGUAUUUUUAUCAUGUCACGUUCGACGGGGUGUACAAAACGCAAUUGGAAGAAACAUAAAAUUAAAUUUAAACGAUGGAAAAAACGUUCGGCGAAUGUCGUCGCUUAAAGUCACGGAAACAGAAAAAGGUACAAAGUUUGUAGCUUUUGCGGAUAUGGUUAGUUCUAGACGUGCAGAAGCUAGAAGAAGCAUCGUUGUUCAAGUUCAGUCCUCACAAUCGUUCAAAGAACUGCAUGCCUAUUGCAGUUCAGUAGGAUCUGUAAAGCAGAUGCUUCAUUACACAGUCGGAGUAGAACCCAUGAAUUUUAUUGUAGUUGAAUUUGCAUCUGAGAAGGAUGUAACAAGUAUCCUUGAUAAAAGCUCAUAUGUCGAAGACUCGCAGAUUAUUCCUGUCCAUUCACAAUUCUUAUGGUUUAGGGCAUCAAAUAGAAAACUACCAAAAUUAAAACAAAGUAAAACUGCCAUUUUGAACGCUGAAAACGGCAAUAACAAUUUAACAGCAGCGGAGAUAGUUGAUUUAUUGAAAAAAUGUGAUUCUGUUUCUGAUCAGAUGAAACAACUUUAUGACUUCACCAAGUUAAAUGAUCUGGGCACAAGACUGCGCUUUCUGACAGCAUGUCAAGUAGAAGAUGCUGUUAGGGGGAUGUUUCCCAGCGCGAAAGCGUUUCCAUUUGGAUCAUCAGUGAAUGGAUUUGGGAAAAUGGAGUGUGACUUAGACUUGGUAUUAAGGUUGUCCGACGAAAAAGUAAAAAGCGACGCUAGAUUAAUGUUUCACUGUAAGGCGUUAGUUGGUUCUGAACGAUCUGCCUCGCAGAGAAACAUGGAAGCGAUGGGCGACUUAUUACAGUUAUUUUUACCAGGGUGUUCGCAUGUUAGGAGGAUACUUCAAGCAAGAGUACCCAUAAUUAAGUACCAUCAGCAGCUAACAGAUGUCGAGUGUGAUUUAUCCAUGUCAAAUAUGUCUGGCGUUCACAUGUCCGAUUUUUUAUACAUCAUGGGAUCCAUUGACGACAGAGUUCGCCCUUUAAUCUUCACAAUUCGUAAAUGGGCCUGUGAAAUAGGUUUAACCAAUUCAAGUCCUGGGCGAUGGAUAACUAACUUCUCUUUAACAUUGUUGGUACUCGCGUUUUUGCAAAAACCACCCCACUCGCCUCCAAUUCUUCCGUCGUUAAAUAAUUUGGUAAAGUUGGCUGACUCUACAGACCACUAUAUGACUGAGGAUGGCAUAAACUGCACAUUUCUCAGAAACAUAAACAAACUCAAGAAACCAGCUGGAAAUAAAGAGAGCCUGGAGUCACUCCUCAAAGAAUUUUUUGAAUUUUAUUCGCAUUUUGAUUUUACCUCGAAAGCUGUCUGUUUGAAUGAACCAGUUGCCAUAACAAAACCUGAACACUGUGCUAUGUAUAUCGUGAACCCCCUAGAAAGAGGACUGAAUGUUAGUAAAAACGUCGGUUUAGAAGAAUUGGAUAGAUUCAAAGUUGAAGCACGCAAUGCCGCGUGGUUACUGGAAUCCCAAGAACACAAAACAGAAAAUUGGGGUCUUUUAUCGAUUUUUGAAAAUAAGAGAAAAUCGAAUAAUUUAUUCAAUUUCGCAUUUCCAAAUAAACAGGCACGGUUAAUGGAAGUCAGUACUUUAUUUGAGAAUGAAGCAGCACCAGUUGAAUUUAAAAAUGAAAGUGUUAAGAAACAAGUAGAAAGUAUUAGAAACGAAAAGAAACAAAAACUGAAAGAAAUCCAAAAAUUAAAUAGGUAACAAAUUGAUAAGAAUCAACUUUAUAUUUAAGUUUUAUGUAUAGCAUGAUGCAUUUUGUAAUUAAACUGUAAAAUAUCUAAGGAAUUUAAAUAAUUGCGUUUCUUAA